CAUCUGUGCUCUUGUUUCGAGAAGCUCAAAUAUUUCAUACACUAUUUCUCAAACUGUCUUGAGGACAUAUAUAGAGAUUUGUUUUUAACGCGCGUCGUCUGUCCUGGAUCAAUACGCACAAGUCUCCAGGACGCAGAAGAGCAUUUAAAGGAGCGUUUCCAUUCCAGGCGAAGCCUCAUAUGGACUAAAAGCAACCAAAUUAAAGUGACACUCCGACUUUUACCCCAGGACUAAGCGGCCCACAGCACUGCACAAUGUCCAACACAACCGGCAGAGGUCAUGGGGGUCUUAAUCAACUAGGCGGCAUGUUUGUAAAUGGACGCCCGCUCCCGGAGGUCAUCCGGCAGCGCAUUGUGGACAUGGCUCACCAGGGUGUUCGGCCCUGCGACAUCUCCCGUCAGCUGCGGGUCAGCCAUGGCUGCGUCAGCAAGAUCCUGGGCAGAUACUAUGAGACAGGAAGCAUAAAACCUGGAGUGAUCGGUGGCUCGAAGCCAAAGGUGGCUACGCCAAAAGUGGUGGACAAGAUAGCAGAGUACAAGCGGCAAAAUCCCACCAUGUUCGCCUGGGAGAUCAGAGACAGGCUCCUGGCCGAGGGAGUUUGUGACAGCGACACGGUUCCCAGCGUCAGUUCCAUAAACAGGAUCAUCCGGACGAAGGUGCAACAGCCAUUUAACGUGCCCUUGGAAAGCAAAAGCCUCAGUCCAGGUCAUACAUUAAUUCCAAGUUCAGCCGUCACCCCUCCCGAGUCACCUCAGUCUGACUCUCUGGGUUCCACCUACUCCAUUAGUGGCCUGCUGGGUAUUCCACAGGCAAGUUCAGACGGCAAGAGGAGUCAUGACGACAGUGACCAGGAGAGCUGUCGACACAGCGUAGACUCUCAGGGAAGUGGAGGUGGACCAAGGAAACAGCUGAGGCCUGAACAUUUCUCAUCACAACACCUGGACUGCGGCUUCGAGCGGCACCACUACGCCUCCGACACGUUCGGUUCCACCAACGCUGGCAAGACUGAGCAGCCACUCUAUCCCCUCUCUCUCCUCAACGGAAGUCUAGAGGAAGGCAAGAGCAGCCUCGCAACAUCCAGCACCGCCAUUGGCCGAAACCUAGCAGCGCACCAGGGCUACGCAGUCGUGACAGAUGCCCUACAGCCCCUACCCAUCUGCCUGAAACAGGAAAUGUCACCAGACGGGGCCAGCUCAAGUCCUUCGCCCAACAUUAUAGCCAACUCUGCCUUCUUGGAAAUGGGCGCCAUUUCAGCCCCGUCGCCAGCGUCCGUGGGUAACGGUGGCAGCAGCUCCAUGCAUUUCUCUCAUUCCUUCAACACAUUUCCUCAUCAUGCACCAAUGUACAGCCAGUUCAGCAGCCAGUCUCUCAUCACAGGCCGAGACAUGGUGAGCUCCACACUUCCUGGAUAUCCUCCACACAUUCCAUCAGCCGGACAGACGAGUUACUCGUCCUCGGCCAUCACAGGAAUGGUAGCAGGUGCUGAGUACUCAGGCCAGACUUACACACACUCACCAUACACAUCUUACAGCGACGCAUGGAGAUUCACCAACUCCAGCAUACUAGGCUCUCCAUACUACUACAGCUCCGCCUCCCGCACGGCUCCACCCACCACCACUGCGUACGAUCACCUUUAGCAGCAGACGUUCGAUUACUGAAUAAGGAGCAAUAUUCAUCCUAGUGCACAUGGUUUUGUGAUGGUGUAUUCUACAAAGGGCCCUCAUGCUGGGACACUCUUGAGUAACCUAAGAAGGAGAGAGAGAGAGAGAGAGAGAGAGAGAGAGAGAGAGAGAGAGAGAGAGAGAGAGAGAGAGAGAGAGAGAGAGAGGGG